AUGGUUGACAGCGAGGCGAAUUCGCCAACAUGGAAGUUCACGCAGUGUUUCGGUGAUAAAGGUGACGUGGAGGACAUCACGGAGGCCGACAUCAUCUCUACCGUAGAGUUCGACCACACAGGAAACUACCUAGCCACGGGUGACAAAGGUGGUCGUGUCGUCUUAUUCGAGCGCAACGAGACGAAGAAGUCUUGCGAAUACAAAUUCCAUACAGAGUUUCAGUCCCACGAACCCGAAUUUGACUAUCUUAAGUCGCUCGAGAUCGAGGAAAAGAUCAACAAAAUCAAAUGGUGCCGACGCCAAAACGCCUCCCACUAUCUCCUAUCGACAAACGAUAAAACAAUUAAAUUGUGGAAGGUGUUUGAGAAAUCGCUCAAAGUUGUUGCCGAAAAUAACUUAUCGCACGAUCUCACCCCUGGAAGUGCUGCUGGAAGUGGUGGUGCCGCUCGACCGCUGGCUACUUCGCAGCAAUUUCGAAAUGCCACAGACUUGAAGCUCCCCCGCCUCACACACCAUGACACCGUUGUGGCAGCUGUGCCUCGUCGUACGUAUGCGAAUGCACAUGCAUACCAUAUCAACAGCAUCUCCGUGAAUAGCGACGGCGAAACCUAUAUCAGCAGUGACGAUUUGCGAAUUAAUCUUUGGAAUCUGAAUAUUCAAGACCAAAGCUUCAACAUCGUGGAUAUCAAGCCGGCAAACAUGGAAGAACUGACUGAAGUUAUCACUGCUGCGGAGUUCCACCCGCUUAGCUGCAACUGGUUCAUGUAUGCAAGCUCCAAGGGAACAAUCAAGCUGGCUGAUAUGAGGGAGAGCGCGCUUUGUGACCAACAUGCAAAAAUGUUUGAACAGGACGAGGAUCCACUGUCGAGAUCAUUCUUCUCUGAGAUCAUCUCGUCGAUCUCCGACGUGCGAUUUUCUUACGAUGGUCGAUACAUCCUGUCCCGCGACUAUCUGACUGUAAAGAUUUGGGAUAUCAACAUGGAGCGCCAACCGGUGAAAACGAUACCUAUCCACGAGCAUUUACGACCUCGCCUGUGUGAUACCUACGACAACGAUAGCAUAUUCGACAAAUUUGAGGUUGUUUUUUCGGGCGAUGCCAAGAAUGUGAUGACAGGCAGCUACAACAACAAUUUUAUGAUCUAUCCGUCCGAUCCCGACAAAGAAGUGGAAGUCGUUCUCCAAGCAGACAAAUCCGCUUUCAAGGCAAAGAAGGUUGGCGUGCCGACUCCCAUCAACUCCUCCACAAGCCCGACCUCAAACGGCAAGAAGAACGGUUCACGGGCUGGGAGCCCUGGGGCUCAGCGUAUGCGCAAAGAGACAGAUGCAGACCAAAUCGACUUUAACAAGAAGAUUUUGCACAUGAGCUGGCAUCCAUUCGAAGACAGCAUUGCUAUAGCAGCAACUAAUAACCUCUUUGUUUUCUCUGCUCUGUAG